AUGCCACCACCACCUGCGGCAACAUGUCUUGCUUUUCACCCCCGAGAUGACAGUAUAGUUGCUAUUGGCAUGGACAAUUCCACCAUUGUAAUAUACAAUCUCCACUCAGACGAGGUUACAAGGAAGCUUGAGGGUCACGCCAAAAGAGUCACUAGCCUUUCCUUCUCGAACACUCUGAAUAUUUUUGUGUGGGGUGCUGCUGCUGGGUGGGAAAAACAGAGAAGCAAACUGAAAGGGAUGAAAUAA